AUGAUAAUACCUGUUUUCCGUAGGUACAACUUGGGUCCGGAGAGCCCAUACCCAAACCAAUAUACCGAAUGUCUCAAGGCUGCUGUCCAUUUCAUGAAGAAUCCCGAAGAUUUCGGUGUGGAUCCCAGCCGUAUUAUCAUUAGCGGGGACAGCUGCGGGGCCAAUUUUGCAACCCGCAUUUGUCAGUUGCUGGAGGACAGGACAGAUCUCCCCAAAGUGCACGCGCAAGUUUUGAUCUACCCAGCCCUGCAGGGGGUGGACUUCUAUCUGCCUUCCUAUCAGCAGAACAGAAGGGUGCCAAUCAUGUGGCGAGAAUUUGUGGUCUAUUUCGCAUGCCUGUAUCUUCAAAAGGAUGUGUCCCUUACUGCUGACGUCUUGGAAGGUUGCCAUGUUCCUGAAGACCUGAAACAAAAGUACAGUAAGUGGGUGAGCGGAGACCUUAUUCCUGACGAAUUCAAGGUCCGAGGCUACAAACCCCAGGAUCCUUCCUUGUAUAAGUUUAAGCCCCAGGUAUACGAACAGAUCAAAGAAGUUUUGGACGAAAACUUUUCUCCCCUGUUGGUGGAAGACGCCGUCAUCCGCAAACUCCCCCAGACGUACAUUUUGAUCUGUGAAUUCGAUGUGGUUAGAGACGAUGGGCUCCUGUACAAGAAACGUUUAGAGGACAACGGGGUGCCCGUGACACUGUGCCACACUGAGGGUGGCAUCCACGGAGUCCUCAGCCUUUUUGGCUAUGGCAUCUUCUCCUUUCCGUCUGCAGGACUCAUGGUAAAGGACAUCACAGAGUUUCUCAAAAGCUUAUGAUGAAGCGCAAGCAAAACCAAAAGAGGUUGACAGGAUCACCGGGUUCUGCUGUCUGGAAUAGUGAGCCCGUGGUCCAACCCCAAACUAGUCUGAAGAGGAAGCGAUAGCUGGUGUCCACACGAUACGGUGAAGAGCAAAGAGAUGGUCCACCGGCCUCUUUUUAUUUUCACAAUGGCCCUGGGAG